GCGGAGGGGGUGUGGCGGAGCGCCGAAGAGGGGAGCGGGCGUUUGAGGUUGCAGGUGUCGGCAUCGGCGUCUGACAGCGAUGGAGCCGCCCCGGGGAGCUGCUGCAGCCGCCGUCGGUGGUCUCUCGCUUUGGCUCCGCGGUCUCGGCCUCCUCCUGCUGCUGCCCGCGCUCCCGGCCGACCCCGGUUGGGACCGGCUGGACGCUCCGCGGCCGCUGGCGGCCGGGACUCGGACUACCCUGCUGGCCGGCCCGCCGGGCCCCUCGCUGGGGAGCCCUCGGUGGGGAGCCGAGGUCAGGCCCGGCGGCGGCCGGCGGCGGCGCAGCCUGAGCGGGGAGGACGAGGGUUGCAGCCCGCUACGGGGCUUCGAGGCCAGUCUGGUCAACAACACGCACCAGCAUAUAUUUGAUGAUCUCAGUGGCUCAGUAUCUCUCUCAUGGGUUGGAGACAGCACUGGAGUCAUUCUAGUCUUGACCACAUUUCACGUACCAUUGGUAAUCAUGACUUUUGGGCAGUCUAAACUUUAUCGAAGUGAGGACUAUGGAAAGAACUUUAAGGAUAUCACAAAUCUCAUCAAUAACACUUUCAUUCGGACUGAAUUUGGAAUGGCUAUUGGACCUGAAAACUCUGGGAAGGUAAUUUUGACAGGGGAUGUGUCUGGAGGAAGUCAUGGAGGAAGAAUCUUUAGAUCAUCCAACUUCGCAAAGAAUUUUGUUCAGACAGAUCUUCCUUUUCAUCCUCUGACUCAGAUGACCUAUAAUCCCCAGAAUUCUGACUACCUUUUGGUCGUCAGCUCUGAAAAUGGCCUAUGGGUAUCAAGGAACUUUGGGGGAAAAUGGGAAGAAAUCCACAAAGCAGUGUGUUUGGCCAAAUGGGGAUCACAGAACACCAUCUUCUUCACUACCUAUGUGAAUGGCUCUUGCAAAGCUGAUCUUGGAGUAUUGGAAUUAAGAAGAACCUCUGAUUUUGGCAAAAGCAUCAAGACCAUUGGAGUAAAAAUCUAUUCUUUUGGCUUGGGAGGACGAUUCCUCUUUGCUUCAGUAAUGGCUGAGAAGGGUGCAACAAGAAGGAUCCAUGUUUCCACAGAUGAAGGAGAGACAUGGAGUAUGGCUCAGCUACCUUCUGUGGGACAGGAACAGUUCUACUCUAUUUUAGCAGCGAAUGAUGAUAUGGUAUUCAUGCAUGUCGAUGAACCUGGAGAUACUGGAUUUGGCACAAUCUAUAUCUCAGAUGAUCGAGGCAUUGUUUAUUCCAAAUCACUGGAGCGGCAUCUUUAUACUACGACAGGAGGGGACACAGACUUCACCAACGUGACUUCCCUUCGCGGAGUCUACAUGACCAGCGUCCUCUCUGAAGAUAAUUCUAUCCAGUCCAUGAUUACUUUUGACCAAGGAGGAAGAUGGAAGCUCCUGAGGAAGCCUGAAAACAGCAAGUGUGACUCAACUGCUAAAAAUAAAGAAGAGUGCAGUCUCCACAUCCAUUCCUCCUACAGUAUUUCCCAGAAACUGAAUGUUCCAAUGGCACCCCUGUCAGAGCCCAAUGCUGUGGGCAUAGUCAUCGCUCAUGGUAGUGUGGGAGAUGCCAUUUCCGUGAUGAUCCCGGACGUUUACAUCACCGAUGAUGGGGGCUACUCCUGGACCAAGAUGCUGGAGGGACCUCACUAUUACACCAUCCUGGAUUCGGGGGGCUUGAUCGUGGCCAUUGAGCACAGCCGCCAUCCUAUCAAUGUGAUUAAGUUCUCCACGGAUGAAGGACAGUGCUGGAACAAAUACUCAUUUUCCAAAGAACCCAUUUAUUUCACUGGCCUUGCAUCUGAGCCUGGAGCUAAGUCCAUGAAUAUCAGCAUUUGGGGUUUCACGGAAUCUUUCUUGUCCCAGAAAUGGGUCUCCUACACCAUCGAUUUUAAAGACAUCCUUGUCAGGAACUGUGAAGAGAAGGACUAUACCAUCUGGCUGGCUCACUCUACAGACCCCGGAGACCAUGAUGAUGGGUGUAUCCUGGGCUACAAAGAGGAGUACCUCCGCCUGCGGAAGUCUUCGGUCUGUCACAAUGGUCGAGACUACAUGGUGACCAAACAGCCGUCCGUCUGCACCUGCACCCUAGAGGAUUUUCUCUGUGAUUUUGGCUACUUUCGUCCAGAAAAUGAUUCCAAGUGUGUGGAACAACCCGAAUUGAAGGGCCACGAUCUCGAGUUCUGUCUAUAUGGAAGAGAAGAGCAUUUGACAACAAAAGGGUACCGGAAAAUUCCUGGAGACAAAUGUCAAGGGGGGAUGAGUCCAGACCGCCAGGAAAAAGACUUGAAAAAGAAGUGUACGAGCAGUUACUUGAGUCCAGACAAGCAGGUACCAAUGGAGAAAUCUUCAUCAAAUUCUACUCCAAUUAUCCUGGCCAUCGUGGGAUUGAUGUUGAUCACAAUCAUAGCUGGAGUUCUCAUUGUAAAGAAAUACGUCUGUGGGGGCAGGUUUUUGGUGCAUAGAUAUUCAAUUCUACAGCAGCAUGCAGAAGCAAAUGGUGUCGAUGGAGUAGAUAGUUUGGACACAGUCUCCCACAACAAUAAAAAUACUUAUCAUGAUGACUCGGAUGAGGACCUCCUAGAAUAGUUGUCUGAAGGAGUUGGGACAGACAGGCUCAAGUGCUGGUGAUGAAUCUGCAUUGCUUCUCAUGAUGCCUGUUUCUCUGAUGUGUGGGGAACGUCUUUCCCAAUAUGAGGAACCCAGCUCCAUUUUUUUUUUGCUGCUUCCAUCCAGACCCAAAGGACCUUCACAACAGAAAUGCAAGACGGGGAUGGGAAACCCCUAAGACUCUUCAGGGUUCAAUGCCUCUAAGAAAAGAAGUUCUUAAAUAAUUUCUUUUUAUUUUAAUUUGUCCUUCUGCUGAGUGUGGUAGGGAUUUUCUUUUUUAAAAAAGGGAAAUGAAAUGGAGUUUGAAAGGAACGUUUCACUAAUGCUAUUAUUGCUGUAUUUUUACAUGGUGCCUACCUCAGGGUAGCUGCCAGCUCUAGCAUAAACUCUCACAUUGUGCUCCAUGCCGUCAUUGAGCUUUUACACGAAGCAGCUGCAAGAAUGAGGAUGGAGGCUGCAGAGAAUGACAUGGGCCUAACAGGUUUUCUCCAUCUGGGGACAAAGCUGAUCCAAGAACAGCAGACACUAGCUCGGCACACAACUCCCCCCGGGAUUUUACAGGGGCCAUAGACCACAGUGGUUUUUAUUUCCCCCAUUUUCAUCAGGCAAUACCCUUAUUUGUUGCUCUCCGAGUUAAAACUGAGCCAUGAGCUUCUGAAGUACUAAAUCAGGAAAACUUAAAAGGGAAAUAUUCUUAAUUGGGGGGAGGGAGGGAAUGGGAUAGAAGGGGAUAUAUUAGAUUUAGAAUCAAGUACAGAAGAAAUUAUUGUUCCUUUUGAAGCAUUUGUCAGACAUGCUUUGUAUUAUGUGUGUGCUAAUGAAUUUGCUGCAAAGUAUGUAUUUGAUAUGGUUGCUUGAUUGGGUUAAAUGAUUUCUUCAAGAGCUAAUUUUUUGAGUGAGCAGUGCAACCUCUGUAGGAGUAGGCAUUGCUGUAUUCCAUUUCUUUCAUUUUUGGCCCUUUGUACCUCACUGAACCAGUUGGUUGAAUUAUAAAAAAAAAUCCUAUUUUAGUUUCUUUUGAGUUGCUGUUUCUCCAUCCAUCAAGUUAGAACCAAGAUUUUCAGACUUACAGGCUUUUAAAAAAUGUAUUUCUGGAUUGCCCUCCUCAUCUCCAUUCCUUAUUCUGCCAAGCAAUUUGUUAGCUCAAAAUUUUGGCUAUACCCUUGCCCAUCUGGAGCCUUGCUGCUUAGAAAACAUCUUCCAAUCUAGAGGACAGAAGCUUUAUGAUACAUUUAAAAUUUGGGAGGGUAGGGGAACUCUUCAUUUUUUUUCCACAAUAAUGAAUUAUGGAAUUGGGGGUGAAUUUUUUUCUCAUAUAAAGAAAAGUUGCAAAAAUAUUUGCUGUACAUGAUACAGUAUAAUUAGUUCAGUUUAUGUGUACUGUGCUGGUCACAGUUUCUCAAUUUCCUCAUUUUCUCCUUUAACCGUAAUUUGGGAUUUUUCUAUCCUUAAAAACUGCUGAUUUACUGCUAGGCCACAAUUGUGGUAGGAAGUCGGUAAAGAUUAAAUGUGCCAAAUUAACUUUUGUUGACAUGCAUGAACAGAUGGCUAAAUUCUUCAUCAUCAGCAUGGAUUAACAACAGCAGGGAAAAAGUAGGGAAGAAAAAAUCCAGGAGACUUUGCAACUGCAGUAAAGUACAUGAGUGAGGAUUGCUUAGGAAGAAAAUGAAACAGAAAGUUACCACUUUUUAUAAAGGGAGCUAGGAUAUCUAUGUUAAGGCUAGAGAGCACCAGGGUUUUUAGGUGAAAAGCGGUUUUUAAAUAAUUAUCUCAAAUUAAAAUAUUUUCAGCAAUUCAUCUUCCUUUUCUUAAAACUGAUGCUCAGAAAACUUAUUUAUAUUACAUUCCCCUUCUCAUUAUAUAUUAAAUUAAGAACUGGCACUAUCUUCCUUUAAAUGUAAAUGUUAGAAAAUAAUAUACAGAAUAAUAACAUAUAAUGGAAAAGUUUUAAUAUUUUUAUUAGACAGUAAUACUGUCCAUUUUUACAUUUUCAUAUGCAAAGCACUUACGAAGACAUUCACAUAUCAAAGUCUGCAUUCCUAAAAUAUGUGUGCUCUUAGGAUUAUUCCCAUUUUGCAGGUGAUAAAAUUGAGUCAUAGAAUAAUUUGCUAACGAUGACACUGCAGUUAGGGGCAGAACUUGUUGCUGUAGUCUUAAGAUAACUUGGACAUUUUACUUCACAAAGUCCUAGGCUGAACAUUUGUUGUUUUAUCUUUAGCUUCAAAUGACUAUGGGUCUCUAGAAAAGGACUUGAUGGUAGUAUUUCUUUUUGUGCCUGUGGAGAGAAUAUUCCAGUGAUACAUUAUCAUCCAAUUUGUUUCUUUCGUUCUAUUUUGCUAAUUAGCCCAGUUGGUUAGAGAACAGCCUUAGUGAAAAGUAGGUCAAAGGUGCACUUCCCAUAUGUACUAUUUAACUGCUCUUCUGCAGUUGCAGCUUCAAAUCCCUUUCAAUGCUUUUGGACAGAUGUGGGAUUCUUGUGCGGGAGAGAGUUGGUCCUGUAGUAGACUAUUACUUAUUACUUGUAGGACAAAAAGGAGCUUGAGAUCUGUGACCACCUGCUGCGGGAUCAGUAGUGCUAUCUUUCUAGACCUUGUGGCAGCAGGAGUUGUGACUUCUGAAACUUUCAUUAAUGGCAUUUGCUGAAGAGAAGCUGGAAGUAUGUAGGACUGACCCCCAAGAUCAACUGAGCCCUUUAAUCUUGGUAGAGAAGUUGCUCUCCCCCCAAGAAGCAUUUGCUUCAAGCAGUCAUUUAGGCCGGUAUAUGGAGACAGGGGUGAGGUUCGGAGAUUUUAGAAAAGAUGUUGGAGGAGUGGAAUCCCUUGAAAGGAGUUCUGGGAGCAUUGUUGUCUUCCAUCAGGUGGCCCCAGCUGGGCCCAGAAAAUAUUCUUGGUCAGCUGGAGUGUCGUGGGACUCUUCAAUGUCGUUGAUUUGCCUCCGGUCUCCCUCAUCUUCCUAAGUUGGUCAUUGACAGAGGUGAACUAGAGACUGUGUCAGUAAGAAUGCUGCCCCAUCCUGCUGUAGACACUAAUCUGUACACCAUGAUUUGUCCUCUGGUAGCUUUGGGCUGGAGGUCCUAGAAAAAAGUACAGGAAGUCUCCAGGCUUUCCUUCUGGGCCUGAGGACAGGCGGGACUAGCCCAGCCCCAGUCCUUUGUCGCCCAUACGGGGGGGAGAGGCCAUCUCAUGUCCUGAGAACCUGACAUAGCAAUAAAUCGGGUUGUUUGAGCAGAUCUCCUGAACACCAGCACCUCCCUUCUUCAGUCGAGCAAGUGAACACAUGUGCUUCUUCUCUCAAACAGAACCAAAGUUAAGAUUUGCUGCGUCUGUCAGCACUUACAUGGCUUGCUGUCCCAUCCUGCCAUUGUCUCCCCAGUAGCCAGCCAGCUCCAGGAGCCCGCCCUGACCUAGGGAAUUGAUAGCCAUACCUACAAGUGCUCCAGGGCUUUCUUCCCUGUGGAGGCAGGACUGUCAUAACAGGAUCUUCUUGAUUUCUCUUGCUACAAUGAAACUGUCAGAAUUGAAAUACUAACUUGGAAUUAUCCACAACUACUUUCUAUGUUCAUUCUUUUAAACUGGUACAUUCUUAAUGGUCCUUGUUUCUACAUAGGUCAUAAAGCUGAUCUGUACCUUUUAUAUAUUAUACACACACGUGUGUCUAUAUAUUUGUGUGUGUGUAUACAUAUAUAUGGACACACACAAACAUAUAAAAACAUGUAUAUUUUACAUAAUAGUGAUUUAUCAACAUGCCCCAAGAUUUUAAUGAAACUUCCAUCUUUGGUUUUUUUGUCUGGUAACAUGAGCAGCUCCCUGGAAAUUCAAUCCACUUAGCUUCUUUGGAAACUCUAGGACGACUUUCCUAUUGUCCUAGUGGACAGGAAUGCUGAGGGUCUCCCUAUGUCCGAUGCCUGUGCCUGUUCCGUGUCUCUUCCCAAGCAAGUGGGGAUGCCAGUGCUUCCCCAACUGAGAGGUAGCUGCUUUUCUACUAAGGUGUAAGGUAGUACUGGAGAUGGUGUCGCUGCAUGUACUCUCUUUUUUCCAUUUUCUCUUCUCGGCACAGCCAAUUGCAUGUAGGGCAAAUGAUGUUCCAGUAACCCAUGUCCGUUACACAAUAAAGCCAUCACAUGUGCGCAUGUGAGUGUGUGUGCGUAUGCGCACACACACACACACACACCCCAAGCUCUUCCAUAUUUAGUAUCUUCCAAGAAAGGGUCAAAAAGAUUGAAAUGAAACUCAAAUUUCUUUAGCAUUAUGUAAAUAAAUCUGGAUGUGUUUAACUUUGUACUGGUAUUUUUCUGUAUAUUUGCAAUAUUUGGGUUAGAAUAAAACAGAAUGGACUUUGUGUUACCCGA